UUCCACUUGAACAACCAACUUGUUUGGGGCACAUUCCCAGGCAGCAAUGUGGAGGGAAAGAGCCGUUUCGUGCAGCUGACAACUUACCCAUUUCUUUUUCUUUUUAAUAAUUUUGCGAAAACGGACACAGGUCUGAUCCAGAUGUUUAUAGUUUUCUGCUCUGACAUAAAAAGGAACAUACCAAAAACUUUUUUGUAGGGGGAAAAAAGUCUCUCGUGUCCAGAAAACGGUAACUUUGUGGGGCCGGCGUCGUGCGUAAAAGCGUCUCUUCUCGGGGUCUGAUCCCCUAAACAGUCGCUUCUUUUGCACCUGGAUAUCUGGAGGUACAUCUGGAGCGUCCUUCUCGACAGAACCCGUCACUCGACUUGACUUGAUUUGUUCCUUCGGGGUGUUUUGGAGGAUCGGAUUCCAUGCUCCAGCACUUCAGGGGAGAUAUUCGGUGCCACAAGUUGACUAUCGCUGCGGAGAAAGCCAAACUUUGUGAAGAAGUUGGUGCAUCCGGCCACUGACGCGAAGCCUGACGAACAUCUUAUGGUGGAUUAGUGGAGGAUUCAUCAUCAUGGAAGAGGGACAGCAUUGAGAAAACGGAGCUUUGGAAAAUGCAGUUUGGUUUAGCUUUAGUUUGAAGGCUGCACUGUGCGAUCUGCGCUCCUUUAAUACGCAAGCGAGGGGGGCUUAGUGAGCCUAUAGUCUGUUUAUAUCCUUUUUAUUAUUAUUUUAAUUCCCCUUAAAAUGCCUCAAUUAAACGGAGGGGGUGGCGAUGAUUUGGGGGCGAAUGAUGAGAUGAUCUCGUUCAAGGACGAAGGGGAGCAGGAGGAGAAGAUCUCAGAAGAUGUAUCUGCGGAGAGGGAUUUGGAUGAUGUGAAAUCAUCCCUGGUGAACGAGUCCGAGAACAACAGCAGCUCCUCCGACUCCGAGCAAGCAGAGAGGCGCCCCCAGACUAGACCCGACUCGGAUCUUUACGAGAAGACGAGGGAUUACUUCAGCGAAGCUUUGAGGAGACAGCAAGAUGGAGGCUUCUUCAAGAGUCCCCACUACCCGGGCUAUCCUUUCCUAAUGAUCCCGGACCUCUCCAACCCCUACCUCUCCAACAGCCCGCUGUCCCCGAGCGCACGAACGGUGAGUUUUGCACCUCAACAGUCUUGGAGUUGUGUUGCUGACGUGUUUUUUGGUGUGUUGCUAUAAUACGUUUUUUGUGCACGAAGUGCUGCGAAAGUUAGGCUGCGCGUUUAAGUCGCAGACCCCCAUAUACCCCCUGUCUGUGAGGGGCUAAUCAAGUAGUCCAGCACAAACUCCUUUUGUUCGUUUCGGAAAUUUCUCCCCGGCCCCCUUGACUUUUUGUUUUUUCAUUCACCAUAUACACUCACACUAUUUCCACUAUUCACCAGCCAUGUUUUUCUAUCCAUCUGCGGGAGCUCAAUUUGUUAUUUUUUCAUUGAGCAUUUCAUUAAUUGGCAAACGUUCUGGUUGUGAUCUUUUUGAUAAUCGUUACAAAUGUGGAUUUUUAUAAACUUCCUCAAAAUGACAUGCAUAUGUCAUACAUACAUAAAUAGUGGUCCGUCUCUCUGUCACACACAAGUGCGUUUCAGUGCCAAGUGUGGUCGACAUGCUGUCAACUUUGGGAACAUUGAAAACAUCCUGGUAGUUUUGAGAUUUUGCUGUAAGCAAACGAAAAGCAGGGUCUGAAGGCUUAAAAAUAAACAUAUUUGAUUAGAUAAACAAGUUAAAUAACAACACCCACAUUUUGAAAACCUUCACAAAAAGGUGUCAAAAUUGCAUGUUUAUACUUCCCUUUUUCUUUAAGAAAUCACACUGCUUGACCCAUCACCAUAUGAUGCGUUUGUUUUUCUAUCUUCAUAUCUUAUCCUAAGUGUGCAUAUGGUAAUUAUACCACCACAAAUCGUCAUAUAAUGAGCUUAUCCUUCUAUCUUCACGAGUGUUUCCUAAGUGUGCAUAUCUGUACGAACUACAAGUGCUUUGAAU